CUCGUCCGGUGACGUGUUUAGUGUGCGCUCACAGCCCCGCUGCGUUUAUGCGACUGAAAUAGUUAUGGCGAGUGGCAAAAAAAGCGCUCUGCUCUCAUCUUUAGCAGAUUAUGGAGAUGAUUCGGAGCCCGACUCCGACCCAGAACCAGAAGAUUCAGGGGGGCACGGAGGGGGCCUGGUCUACGGCUACGGGGACGACGACCUGAACCGGACAGAGGAUGUUCAAGAUAAAGUAUCUGGAAACGAGGACAGCCGCGACAGCAACUCGGAUAUGGACGAAUCAGACGAGGGGAGGGACGCAGAUGAUGUGGAGGCAUCAGAAGCAGAGAAGAAGGACCCCAAUGAGCUCGUUGCGCUCUUCUCAGAGAAGGUGAGGAACAUGUCACCCGAUGAGAUCCGAAUCCCUCCCGAACCCGCGGGACGCUGCUCCAGUCAACUACAGGAGAAGAUCUACAAACUGUACGAGAGAAAAAUCCACGGAGACUUUGACACAAACAGCCACAUCCAGAAGAAAAAGGAGUUUAGAAACCCGAGCAUUUACGAGAAGCUUAUUCAGUUUUGUGGAAUCGAUGAACUGGGGACGAACUACCCAAAAGACAUGUUUGAUUCUCACGGCUGGUCUGAAGACUCCUACUACGAAGCUCUCGCCAAAGCCCAGAAAGUGGAGAUGGACAAGCUGGAGAAGGCCAAGAAGGAGCGGACCAAGAUCGAGUUCGUCACGGGAACCAAGAAAGGCACCAACCCUUCCAGCACAGCGGCCUCCACCACCAGCAGCAGCAGCACCACCACCUCCACAGACGCCCAGAAGAGGAAAAGCAAGUGGGACUCGGCGAUCCCCGUCACCCUGGCCCAGCCCACCCUCAUCACCACCACGGCCACCCUUCCCGCCGUCGUGUCGGUAACCACCACGGCUAGCGGCACAAAGACCACGGUCAUCUCUGCAGUGGGCACCAUCUUAAAGAAAGCAAAGCAGUGAGCAGACAACGGCGAGCAGAAAGGGCCACGUGUUGGAUCAUAGGAGCAACCAGAUCCAGACGGAUCCCGUUGGAUUGAAGUGUUGAUGCUAAGAACCAGCAAUGCUGAACUUGGACGAAUCAAAGCACUGGACUGCCUUCUGGAGCCGGGGCUGUAUCUGCACCACUGCAUCCUAAAGCCAAAAUUACACUUCUGUGGUGUCUGAUUCACGAGGAUGUUUUUAUACGUCGGCAACGCCUGAAAACUUAAUGCGAUUUCGACGGAGCGCGUUCCUAAGCGGACUGGAUAAAGCGAACGGAAAGCUGUUUAUUUUUAUAUCUGUAGUUGCAGUGAAAUGUAGUCCGUUUCUCUCGGUUGUGUGCAAACCUUUUUUUUUUUUUUGCGUUUUUGUUUGUGACAUAGUGAACACCUUUCAGACAAGUUCAUUUUUACACUUCUACAUGUGUCUUGAUUGUACCAGGAAUAAAAGAAGCAAAUGUUGCCUUUUCAAUUUGA